GUUUGUUUUGUAGUGUAGCUUGAGGUUAUGUCAUAUUUAAUAAGCAAUAAAUUUAAUUGUAUAAAGUAACAACAAUAAUAAUAUUACUUUUGUGGGUGGUUUUUGAUCCUUUUUCAUUGAAGUACCAGGGAUAACAAUGUUAUCCUCGUUGAUAAAAGAACACCAAGCUAAACAAGCAGCCAGAAAAGAAGCUCAAGAAGCAAAACGUAAAGAAGCAGUUGAAGCUGCUAACAAUCUCACUGUGGCUUUAGUCGAUCACUUAAACGUCGGAGUGGCUCAAGCUUACCUGAAUCAGAAACGGCUGGAUGCAGAGGCAAAGCUGUUGCAUCAAAGUGCGACUAACUUUGCCAAACAGACGCAACAGUGGCUCGCUCUGGUGGAGGGAUUCAGCAGCGCUCUCAAGGAGAUAGGAGACGUAGAGAACUGGGCCAAGAGUAUAGAGGAGGACAUGCAAACCAUCAACUGUGCAUUGGAGUACGCUUAUAAAGUUUCCCAAGAAGGAUCCUGAAGUUUCCAGUUUUUGUUGGCUUCUGUAAUUUGUACAUACAAUUGAUUUGUUUCCUAUCGUAUGUCUUGUAUUAUUUUACAAAAUAUUUAUGUAUGUACAGUCAUUUGUGUUAAUAAACAAACAAUAAAUUGUACA